CUUUCCUAUCAUGAUUAGGGUCGAUUAUACAAAGGCAGUUUAAACCUCGUUUGGAUUAAGGCAGAUUAGUUGCAGUUUGACAUGUUAAUUCCGAGCGAGGUUGUACAAUUGGCCCUUGAUGAUUAAUCACCAAAACACAGAAUAGAAAUAGCCAAUGGGAGCAGUCCAGCAAAUGAUUUGUUUAUAAUCCCAUUUAUCUAACCCUCCAUCCCAUAUUAUAAAUAAUCCUGCCCAAAUAGCAAAAUACACAACGUGUUAGUUUUAUAACAAAAUGAAAGCUUAUAUUUUGGGUUGCUUAACACUUUUAUUCUGGAGAAUCAGGGCAGAUUUUUCCAACGAGGACUGCUGGGUCUUGGGAUUCAAUAAGGCAGCUUUGCUAUGCUCCUCGUGCGAUUUACUCGACAAUUUCAACUUGGGUAGCACAUUAAGAGAGCCGUGCCUAGAAUGUUGUCACCACGACGACAACGUAUCGGUCACUAAGAAGUACGCCAAGGCAAUCCUGGAGGUGUGUACCUGCAAGUUUGGCGCAUACCCGCAGAUCGAAGCGUUCAUUAAAAGCGAUCGUCCGUCUAAGUUUUCCAACUUGCAAAUUAAGUACAUACGUGGCUUAGAUCCUAUUAUCAAAAUGAUGGAUAAGGACGGUCAUAUUCAGGAAACUGUAGCAAUUGAGAAAUGGAACACUGAUUCUGUUGAAGAAUUUUUAAAUACGCAUUUAGAACUUGAUGUGGCUGAACCGGACUAUUUAAAAACCAACAUGAUUUAAUACUGGCUCUCUUUUAGUAAAAUUGUGUAAUAUAUGGUUUUUAAAAUUUUGUUUAACAAGGUAUUUGAUUCAA